CAAAAAGAAGAGGUUCAAGUCCAAUGUUGCUCGAGUUUGCAUACUGAUGCGAUGUAAAGACAGUUAUGUAAAGUGUAAAGAAGUGUAGGUCAGUAGGUUUUAUGUAGAUUAUACAUCUGAAAAAUUAUAUUCCACGGUUAAUCUCGUAAACGUUUACAUGAUAUGGACGUGUGAUGACAGUAUAAGAAACUGCAAAAAUGUAUUGUGCAUUAGGAAGAUGUUUUUGCAGGAAAGAUGCAGUAAGAGCUUUAAGUACGGGUGAAAUAUCCACCGCACUGCGACCUUUUUAUUUUACCGUUCACCCCGAUCUUUUUGGACAAUAUCCUACGCAAAGAACAGUAAAUGAAAAUUCUUUAAAACAAUUAAGUUCUAUUAUAGAAAGUUUACAACAGCAAAGACCAAUAAGACCUACCACUUUACCAUUUUAUUUACGCUCAAAAAAUGAAAAGGAACUCAAGGCUGGAAAAUUUACUUUGGUACAGAUACAAUUGAAAGAAAAGGAUUUAAGACAAACUAUACUUUCUAUCUUAAAGACAUGUGAUUUGCCAACAACAUUCGUAGAUCAAAUUGAAGAACAAAAGCCACCAGAUAGUACAAAGUACAAGUCAAGAUAUUGGCAAAGAAAAGGAGCUGGGGAAGAUAUAGAUUUCUCAGAACUGGAAGAUGAUCCUAUUUAUGCAUCUAUUUUAAUGAAAAGAAAAAUUAAUUCAGAACCUGAUGCUCUUAAGGCAUAUUUAGAUAAACACAUUAAUGAAGUACAUGUGAAGUUAGAAGCAUGUAGACCAAUGAGAGAAGAAGUACAAAAGUUGGAAAAGAUAUUAUGUACUGAAUUAGGUUUGAAAAAUAUUAUAUGGGACUGUGGAUGGAACAUAGCUCAUUACAGGGGAUGUUUAUUAGCUUUUAAGGCAUUAGCUGAACAUCAUCCUGAACCAAUGGAAGUACUCAAAAAUAGGACACUUGUCUUUGCCAAUGAUACAGGCAUAAGUGUAGAGGGAAAUGUUAUGUUAAAUUCAGGUGAAGUUAGACACAAUUGGCUUGAUUUAAUCAAGAACAUUCAGAAGUAUGAUGUGGUAUUAUUUAGAUUACCAGCUUUCGAAAAGGCAGUUUCACAAGUGCUUCUUGACAUUAAAGUUGGUCGACGGGUACUCUAUAUGUGCAGGAAAUUCAUGCCAAAAGUAAUGGUUAGCCAGUAUGAACGCCAACUUCGACAACUUACAACAACCCUCUCGGAUUAUCGAGGACGACGAAAUUAUCCGAAAAUGUGGCCAGCCGAUUUAUCUACUUAUGAAAUCGUAAUUGAAGCUGAAGCAGGUCCUUUAAUGCUCUCUCCUACUGGACAGUUUAUAGUUCCAUCUUCAUGUCCAAGUUUCCUUUUAGUAAACUUUAUUACUGAUAAUUUAGAAGAAGCCACUAAAAGAUUACAUCAUUACAAUAACAUAAAAUAUGUAGAACGCGAACUACAUGACAAAACAGUCCAGGAAUUGGGAUUGACUGUUUUAAAUAAGGAUGACAGUAUAACUCCUGAUUUGAUGAUACAAUGUUGUGAACGCCUAUUAUUGCAUAAAAGCGUUCUAGCUCCUUUAUUGAAAGGCGUUAUGCUUUGGGUGACGCAUUAUUACUCUGUCAUGAGUGAUGGUGUAUUAUGUAUUCCAUGGGACUGGAAACUUUGAGUUUCAGUGUAAAAUAUUUUCUAAUGUCUUGCCGUUUUUAUCUUCGUGCCGAUUAAUAGAACAAUGACAAACUGAUUAGUUGUUAAUAAUUAUUAUGUAGGUUAUACAUGUGAUAAAAGAUUUACAUAGAUUACAUAACUUAGGGAAUUGCACAAAGCAAAUAACUUUUGCAUUAUGCUUUGUAAAAUACAAUUAGCAAUGCAAAUAAUUCAUUGUACCUUAUAAGCUAUAUUCGCAUGUUAAACAUAAUUAUUAUGUAACUAAUCUUAAUAUAUUGUACAUGAAUUUUUGAAUUUUAGCAAAUAUAAAAAAGAGAAUAUUUUGUAAAAUCAUGCAAUACGAAUAAUGCAUGUAGAAAAAUAAAGAUUAGAAAAUUUUUACAUUAA